GUCGCGGCACCUCCUCCCAGCGACCUUGGGCCCGCGGAGGCUCUCCGGAGGAAUGAGGCGCUGGCCGCCAACUUCUGGGAGCUCAGGCGGCGGGCGGACAUCUACUACGCCUAUUCGUACAUCCACUCCUACAUACAGGAGCCUUUCACGACACUGCUGCCGGAGCACGUGUUUAACUGCGCACUGUUCCUGUGGAACAUCCUCGCCUCCAGCGGGUUCUCUGCGCAGCCUGUGCAAGCCUUGCUGGCGCAGGUCCAAGGGGGCCCCGAAGCCGAAGCUGCCUACCUCGAGAAGGUGCGCGCGGAGGCGGCGCAAGGCAGUGCCCAACAAAGUCGCGGGCACCUGAAGGAGGUUCCCUUGGGAAUCUCCCGCGUCUACAUCCUCUACGCCCUGGCAAAGCAAGCGCAAAGCCUUGGAGCCUGCCGGCUGGCCCGCACGGCCUACGACAAGCUCCAGGUGCUCCGUGUGCCGCCAUCCUGGCAACAUCAGAUAGACCUGGCUUGCCUGGCCAUCCGAUCGAAGCCUUAUAGCGACCAGGAUGACUUGCUGCCCGUGUGCAACUGGUGUAUGACGACCAACCCGCUCCUGCGGUCGAACCUGGACGCCUGCACCAACUGCGGGCAUCCCUUCAUCCGAACCUUCCUUGGCUUCGACAUUCUUCCGCUGGUGGAGUUCCAGCCGGAUACCGACAUUGCCCUGGAGGAGGCUCAGAGCCUCAUCGCGCAGGAGCCCAACGCCCGCAAGUCUCAAAACAGUGACGGGUGGCACGAGAGCACCAGAGGUGGUGCCGAGGUCAUGUCCCUGAGCGAGGGACCCAUGCCCGGUGAUGAAGCCGGGACUGACCUCUUCGUGCAGAAAAUGCUCGAUGCGGCCAGCUACUUCGUUCCUGGAGAGCCGUACCAGCCGGUGCGAAUCGACAGGGAGACCCUGGUAGAGCUGAG